AUGAUUUCCGUUGAAACCGACUACGGGGGGCUGUCCUCCGCGGAUGGAUCGAUAUUAUUGCUAGAAAAGGUCGGUCCAGGUGCCGGUGGUCAGAGGGGCUGUUUGACUCGCGGCUACCACGGAGUAACCACAACGCCAUGGAGCAAAGCGUGGAUAGAACAGACCCGCCGAGAGGAAUGA